GAGGCUGUCCUCCACUCACGCCCAUACAUGGUCUCGCUGCAGAAGUCUGGCCGCCACCUAUGUGGUGGGGUGCUCCUGCACCAAAAUUGGGUGUUGACAGCUGCCCACUGCCUGACCCAGCCGACGCAGCAGCUGAGGCUUGUGCUGGGGCUUCAUGUGCUGGGAGACCCCAGCCUUACCUGCCGCAUCAGGAAAGUGGUCCUGCAUCCCGAAUACAAGCCAGCCCCUCAUCUGGAGAAUGACCUCGCGCUGCUAAAGCUGGACGGGAAGGUGAAGCCCAGCAAGACCAUCCAGCCCCUGGCCUUGCCCCGAGGGCGCCAGGCGGUGGCCACAGGCACCCGGUGCAGCUUGGCCGGCUGGGGCCAGAACCACCAGCCUGGGAACCUGGCCAGGGCACUGCAGGAGCUGGACUUGCGUGUGCUGGACACCAGGAUGUGCAACAACAGUCGGUUCUGGCAUGGCAACAUCAGCUCCCACAUGAUCUGCCUGGCAGCUGACUCCAAGAGCCAGGCCCCCUGCAAGGGGGACUCAGGUGGGCCGGUGGUGUGCAGAAGAGGCCAAGUGGCCGGAAUCCUGUCCUUCAGCUCUGAGAAUUGCACCGACAUCUUCAAACCCCCCGUGGCUGUCGCCGUGGCCCCCUACAUGUCCUGGAUCAAGAACACCCUCUGGCACAACAGCUCACCUCCCUCUCCUUGACCCUGCAGAGGUGGCCCUGAUUCUGUGUUCCAAGGAGCAUCGUGCAGCGGGGCAGCCAGGGGCCCGGAUGUAUCAGGGGACCAAUAAACCAUAAUAAUAAAACUG